AUGUUGUCACAGCCAGACCCCCACAGCCCCGCCGGGCCUCCUUUGACUGCCACCCAAUCGACCCCUGGGCCCACACGCAGGGGCCGUUCCCCCAGCGAUCUUGGUGAGCACUCCCACCUCUGUCGAUAUUCCCCCUCGGCAAACCUCCUGACUCCUGCUACCCUCAACAUCGUAGCCGCGGGGCCCAAGCGAGCCGCCCAACGACCACGGACCGGUGCGGGUGCAAUCCCCCCUGGGGGGAACCUAUUUCUCCCAUUAAGGCCCCCGCCUCAACAGCUUCCCCUCCCCCUCGAUCCUAUUGUUUUGCCCCCCAACGAGCGAUUCCUGGCCGACCUCGGAGGGGUCCCGAUUGUCCCAGACGAUCUCGCAACCGAUUUCAACGAGACAAAUCUGCGGGCCCAACCUGAGUUGUACCUACGAAACCACUUCCCCCCCGGGUUCCACGACCGUAACCGCCUAGCAUUGGGCUCCGCUGACUCCGAGCUCCGUAAACAGCUCAAGAAUGUCCGAUACCAGGUUCGGAACCUCGGCCGCCUCCAGGCCGCCCCACACAUGCCACGCCAGUCACCUGCAAUGGGCGCUGUCGGCAUCAAGCUGAGACGACGCCCGGGUGCCCACCCUGCCACCCGAGAUCCGCCUCGCAGACCCAUCACUGGUGACCCAGUUGCUGCUAACCCGACGGAUUACCAUGCAUCAGUCAAGUUGGUAGUCAAUGGGCGUCCGUUCAACCGCAAAUUACCCCCGGGUGCCACCGACACCCAGCUUCUCGUAUUACCGUUAGACCAUAGGCCUCAAGUUCAGGCUCUGUACACCUUUGGGGACCCGACUGAUAUAGCUGGAGCCCCACCCGCCUCUGAUGCAGAGUAG